AAAGAGUGGAGCUAUGCCUUGGAGACGAAAACAUUUCAGCAACAGAAGGAUCGAUAUACUGGGGAGAUAAAGUCCCAUAAGCUUCUAGUGUUGCCAUAUUUUUAACAAACCUGGAUACUCGAGACUUCACCCACCUCCCCGAAGUGCCUUUCCGCUGUUACUCGCCAAGAUGCCCAAAGGAUUCCUGGUAAAAAGAAACAAGAAAUCUGCACAUGUUUCCUACAGGACUCGACCGGAUGAAGAUGACCUCCAGGAGCAACCCACCCCAGCUGCCUUGCCGUGUCAGAUGGACCCCUCCCCGCCGAUGUCUGUGGCGUCCAGUCCGGUCCGUGCCGGAGCAUCGCUGGAUUCCACAGCAGCUGAGGCGCCGGUGCCAAGACUGGAGAAACCGGCACAGUUCGGCAACCCAGAGGCGGUGUGCCAAGCCCUCUACAGCCCCACCCGGCCCAUCAGCAAGGAGCACGACAACGGAUAUUUUGAGCGAAGUUUCAAUCUAGGCUCGCCUAUUUCUGCCGAGUCAUUCCCGACACCUGCCUCCCUCUCCGGUCUGGAUCAUCUCAUGUACGCCCCGGUCGACCUGAAAAUCGGCACCAGCAACAGCAGCCGCAGCGGCACCACCAGCAGCAGCCUCCCGGCACCAAGCAACCGGGUCGGUACCAAAAGACCCGCAGCUGACGGCACAGAGCGCAAAUCGAAACCCGCCUCCAAGAAACCCAAAGCCAUUAGAAAACUCAACUUUGAGGACGAGGUGACGACCUCUCCCGUGCUUGGUCUCAAAAUCAAAGAGGGGCCGGUGGAGAUGAAGCCGAGGGCGCAGACGUCCGGAGGAAACAAGCCUUUGGGGGAGUUUGUGUGUCAGCUGUGUAAGGAGGCGUAUGCGGACCCCUUCUCUCUGGCCCAGCACAAGUGCUCCCGCAUCGUCAGGGUCGAGUACAGGUGUCCCGAGUGCGAUAAGAUGUUCAGCUGCCCGGCCAACCUCGCCUCUCACCGCCGCUGGCACAAACCGCGGACCACCGGCGUACCGGCGAUGUCACCCGCACAGGGCAUCAAACCCGAAAUGGCCAAAAUUCCACCGCUAGGUGUCAAGUCAGUCUCCGACGAAACCAAAGACAUGAGUGACAGAGACACCCCGAGUCCAGGUCUGUCCGAGUCGGGCUCUGAAGAUGGUUCAUACGACUGCCAGUUCUGCGGGAAGAGGUUUAAGCGACAGGCAUACCUAAGAAAACACAUCAUGGGACACCAGGCCUUGCAAAAGAAAGUGCUGGAGGAGCACGGGUUUCAAACCAGCGACCGUGCAACAGAACAGGCUCCGGUCUCCGUCUCCACCUCCUCCACCACCUCCUCCUCCUCCUCCUCAGCAUCAUCAUCAUCAUCCUCCUCAUCAUCAUCCUCAGAGGAAGCCACAAACCAAAGCCCUCUCAAUCUGAGCCCGGUGGACUGCCUGCUGUGCCCGGUGUGCGGGGAGAGUUUCACCAGCAGGGCCGGCCAGGAGAGACACCUGCGCCUCAUGCACUCCUCCCAGAUUUACCCGUGCAAAUAUUGCCCCGCCACUCUCUACAGCUCACCGGGGCUCACCAGGCACAUAAACAAGUGCCACCCCUCGGAGAACAGGCAGGUGAUCCUGCUCCAAAUGCCGGUGCGCCCUGCCUGCUAAGAGACAACGCAUAAAACUCGUGCCUUUCAUGGAGGAGAGAGUUAAAAAAAAAAGAAAAAGAAAAAAAGGAAAAAGAAAAAAGAGAAACAAAAAGGUGGCUGUGAAGUUUAAAAAAAAAAAAGUUUGUGAUGCUCACUGCCAUAACUUUAGGCCAAUGAAAGGCAGGGCGGUUUGAUGUUUAAGUGGUGUAUAAUGAGGUGUCUUUUCCAUGCCAAUCAGUGAUUGUUGAACGCUUCUCUCUAUAUUUGAAUUACAUAUAGGCCUAUUUUGAGAUUUUCUUUCUCAAAUUAGUUUAUGAAGUACAAGAAGAAGAAAAAAAAAAGAAUACAAAGCGUUAGUUUGACUGUUAAAGGGUAUUUUUCUAGGACAGCACAUGUGUUCAAUGAUAGCUUCUAGACCUAAGAAAUGUCUUAAGAUUCUCAGAAAUCCUUCUCCCCCAUCAAAGCCUUUUCAAUUCACCGACCGUGAUUGCUCUGUCACUGCAGCUUUACGCUAGUUUGUGAAUGACAAAAAAAAAACAAAAAAAAAAACUUAUCAACUUUGUAUUGGUGGGAAAAAAAA